AUGGUAGUUUUAUCCGUUAUAUCAAAAGUCGAUUCUAAGUAUGUAAUUCAUCAUCCCCAUCCUGGAAUAUACGUGGAACAUAUUGGCCAUGCGAGGCUUGAUAGAGGAAUAUUUAGAAUCCAGGUAAACUUCGAAACUGCUAGGCUGAAACAAGACUUUAAAAACGUGCCAGUAGUGGUACAAGAAUUCAAUGAUCUCUGUAAUAAAACCAAGGCACUCUCCGAUGAAACUCAAUGUACGAGUCUUAGCCGUCAUCUCAUAGACCAAGAAGAUCAGCUCAGUUGGUAUAGAAGCAGUUUGCCAAGGAACAACGGGAAUCGCAAUAAAAGAGGAAUCUUGGGUAAAUUCCUAACUAGCGUAUUUGGAGUCAAGAAAAUCAACAAGAUCUCAUAA